GAGAAAAAGACAAGUAAAAACAAUCUGCUUCUCAUUACAACUGCUGACUGAACUCUGCAUUUUGGCAGUUUUCCCCCCUCUCAGAACCUUUUUUUUCCUGCUGCUUUUCCCCUCUCUGCACCUUUCAGUUUGCUUCCCCUUCUCUCUGCAAGUGUCUCCCUGCAGGGCAAAUUCCUUCGAGCUACUUUUAACUCCAGGUUACUGUGGGAUUUAAACAUGCACGCUGAAGUUUGGGUGCAGCACGUGCUCGUGCCGUUGGUUCUAAUUCUGCUGUCUCGCGCCCAGGACACAUUGUCGCAGUCGGCCGGCCAGGUGGCGGGCGCGUGUCGCCUGUCGGCCGACUCGUCCCUGCGCCGCUGCCGGACGCCCGACGGCAACAUCUGCAGUGGGAGGGGCAAGUGUGACUGCGGCGUGUGCGUCUGCCAGGUGUCAGAUCCAGGGAAAUUCUAUGGGCCUCGCUGCGAGUGCCAUGACUGGGUCUGUGCCACACACAAUGACAAAAUAUGUAACGAUCGCGGCUACUGCGACUGCGGGAAGUGCGAGUGCGACGACGGCUGGUUCGGCGAGGCCUGCCAGUUCCAAGAGGAGUGUAACCUGACCGGGAAGAAAAGCCGGGAGCUGUGCAAAAACCCACAGGGGGUGGUGUGCUCCAACAGAGGGACGUGUCACUGUGGCAGCUGCAUGUGCGCCGACAAGGACCACGCGGGCCUGGUGACGGGACACUUCUGCGAGUGUGACGACAGCGAGUGCCUGGACGAGGACACGGGCGAGGUGUGUGGAGGCCACGGCCAGUGUUACUGUGGAAACUGUUACUGUGCUGCCGGUUGGCAUGGAGACAAGUGCGAGUUCCAGUGUGACAUCAGCCCAUGGGAGAGCAAGCGGAGAUGCACGUCUUCAGACGGCAAGAUAUGCAGCAACCGAGGCACCUGUGUGUGCGGGGAGUGUAGCUGCUACGACGUGGACCCCUCCGGCGACUGGGGGGAUAUUCACGGAGACACCUGCGAGUGCGACGAGAGGAACUGCCACUUCACGUACGACCGCUACUCCGACGACUUCUGCUCGGGCCACGGCCAGUGUCACUGCGGCAGGUGCGACUGCAAGGACGGCUGGGCGGGGAAGAAGUGCGAGCACGCCCUCUCCUGCUCCAUGUCUCUGGAGAGUAGCCUGAAGAAGUGCCGGGGAACGUCCAGGCUGCCCUGCUUCGGACGAGGUCAGUGCCAGUGUGGACAGUGUACCUGCCACCCACCUGGGGACAGUCGGGUUCACGGCAAGAACUGCGAGUGUGACGACCGCCAGUGUGAGGACCUCUCUGGGGAGGUCUGCGGAGGUCACGGCUACUGCUCGUGCGGACGCUGCAUCUGCCAGGAGGGCUGGUUUGGCAAGCUGUGUGGCUUCUCCAGGUCAUGUGACCUGAGCGACGACCAAAGCAAGGAGCUGUGCGAGACGUCGGACGGCGUGGUCUGCAGUGGCAAAGGUUCCUGUCACUGCGGGCAGUGCAUCUGCACCCCCAAAGACUGGUGGGUGUCAGGGGAGUACUGCGAGUGUGACGACAGGGAGUGUGACAAACAUGACGAGCUGGUAUGCACCGGAAACGGGCUGUGCAACUGCGGCACUUGCGAGUGCUGGGACGGAUGGACCGGGAACGCUUGCGAAAUCUGGGUGGGGACCGAUUACUGAGACCAGAUGGCACUCGGGAAAUAAAAAAAAAAACAUCGUAACUUGACGUUGUGCAGAGGUCUGAAACAGGCGUGGGGAAACUAAACAUGGACUGAAAUAACAGUUGUAUUUCUUUUGUUGUACUGGUUACAAUGUAUCUUUUGGAAAAUGGAAGUUUUGGUGCGAUUGUAUUCAUGAAGGAGCGCUUAUAUGCACAUGGCUACAGCAAGGAGGCAAGCGGGUUGGUGUCAAAUCCAACCGUCGGAUCCAUAAAUGAACCAUCAAAAUCAACCGAGAAGGCAGAAAGUUUUAGUUUGAGCUUUUUUGUUUAUUAUUUGAAAUAAUAAAACAUUGAAUGUGCCGCAUGACACGACAUUUUUAUGGAAACCAAAGGAGAAUAAGACCUUAUUAAACAUACAUGGUUACAAAGGUAUUAUAGAACAUGACAAACUCCAAAUGAGCAUACUUGCAACUGUUAUAUAUAUUCAUAUAUAUUUGUUUUGCCCAAAAAAUAAAUCAUUUCAGUAGUGGUCUCUUUCUCGGGACUUGCAGGUAUGGAGGAAACAAACACAAAGGCGGCAUACUCCACAUGCACUCUGUGAUCAAAAGAAUUGGGACGUGUACAAUUAACAGGAAGUGAAAAUGUAGUAAAUAUGAAGUUGGACUCCAUUUUGUACCUAAAACUUCAUUUCUGGGAACACCUUCUCAAUUUUAGCAGAGGGAAUUUAAAUAAAUAAAGGCUGUCACACUUCAGAAAAGACACCAUUUUUUUUCAGUCUUCAUAAAACAGUCCUAGGGCCACAAUGACAUCCAACGCGUCAGGCCAGGAUAAAGUUGUAUUUUUUUUCCUAGCAACAAAGUCGCAUAUUUUUCAGACAAGUUUUAAUCUCACCCAAAUAAAGCCAGCAUUUUUCGAGAGCAACAUUGUAAAAUGACAAGAGGAAGUAACACUCCUGACUGUAUAAGAAAAUCACAUCCUGAUUUUUAUGAAUACAGGUGCACUUUUAUGAAACAAAUCCAACAUUUUACAAUCAAUUUCAAGAGUUUUUGGGAGAAUAUAAAA